AUGAACAAGAGGACUAAUGCAAGAAAGGUGAAGACAGAUGAAGAACUCAUGGAAAAUAUUGGGCUUCCUCUGGAACUGCUUGAAGAACAUGACCCUCAGCCAGCCUAUGUCACAUAUACCUCCCCAAUGGUGAAAAGACUCAUUGAGAAUAGCAAGGCUAGAGAACUGGAAUGCAUUCAAGCUUUUGAGGAUAGCCAGCGAGCACUGAGGCUGAAUAAGCCAUCCAGUAUCAUCCAGCUGAAAAGGAAAAAAUCAUCCAAGACCUCUGGCAAAAUGGUGUACAAUGACAUGAAGUCAGAGACCAUGUUAUCAUUAUGGGGCGCUUUCUCUGCAACAGCCACAGGUCCUACCAUUGUCCCAGAACCCAUGCACUUCCAUACAGAUGCCAGAGAAAGUCCCACCGAAAACUAUAACAAGAUCAUCUUCUCCCGAAAACCUACGAUGAGGAUGCUUCCAUACAGCUCCCUUCUUGCCAGCAAGGAAAAACAUUAA